CCUGAACUCACUUUGCAGCAGCUCUUCAGCCAGAUGGCAGCUAUUUCAGUCUCUGAAGUGGACUUACUUUGUCCUCAUUGCUCUGAGAUUUAUGACCUCCCUGUUCUGCUGAAAUGUGGCCACAACAUCUGCAGAGUUUGUUUACAGAAGUUCUGGGAAUGUAAAGGAUGUCGUGAAUGUCCUGUGUGUCGCACUGUGUCUGUCCUUGGGAGGCCUCCUAUCAACCUGCCACUAAAGAUAGCUGCGGACAAAUAUCAAGAGCAAAACACCAACAACAGGAAUCAAGAAGUUUGUCGUCUUCACAACGAGAAGCUGAAGAUUUUCUGUCACAAUGACCAAGAGCCCAUCUGUCUCGUCUGCCAGACGUCCAGACUGCAUAAAGUGCACGAGUGCAGCCCAGUGGAGGAGGCGGCUGAGCAGAAGAAGACAGAAAUCUCAGCCAUGCUGGAGUCCUUAAGGAAAAAGCUCAGACUACUGAACAAGACCAUGGUGCAAUGGGAGGAAACCAAAACCUAUAUACAGAGCCAAGCUUCUCAAUGUGAGGAAGCGAUUAAGGAGGGAUUUGAGAAGCUACACCUGUUCCUUAGGGAGGAGGAAAAAAGUAGACUGAAACUGCUGAAACAGGAAGAGCAAAUUAAGACCCAGGUGAUGAGUGAGAAGCUGGAAAACAUCAAGGACCAAAUCAAAACCCUCUCCUCCACCAUAGGUUAUAUUGAGGCAGACUUGAGAGCAAAGGACUUAACAUUCCUACAGGACUACAAGCAGACAAAGAAAAGGGCCAAAUGCAACAUUAAAGAGCCAGAAUGCAUCAGAGAUAUCCUGAUCUACUCUGCAAAGCAUCUGGGAUUACUUAAGUUUGGAAUUUGGAAGAAGAUGGCCAACAUCGUCACAUGUGUUCCUAUCAUUCUGGAUCCAAACACGGCCCAAUCCAACUUAAAGCUCUCUGAAGAGUUGACCUGUGUACAGUACAGCAGCAAGCAGCUCCUACCCAACAAUCCUGAGCGCUGCACCAGCCGUGUGUGUGUGCUGGGAGCCACCAGCUUCACAUUCGGGAAGCACAGCUGGACCGUGGACGUGGGCCAGGGAAAAGACUGGUACAUCGGAGUGGCCCAAGACUCUAUCAAAAGGCAGAGUACCGCCUUCCUCUACCCAACAGAGGGCUUCUGGGUGAUCGGCCUGUGCAAAGGAGACUCAUUCUGGGCUCAGACCUUGCCUCGCACCAAGCUCGUGUUGAAGCAAAAGCCUGAGAGAAUUACUGUACAGCUGGACUAUGACAAAGGAAAAGUCGUUUUCAUCAACGCUGGUGAUUUGACAAAAAUACACACAUUCAAGGACAGAUUUACAGAGAGGAUUUUCCCAUACUUCUCCCCUGGAUUGUGUGAAGAUGGAAAAAAAUGCAACCCACUGAAAAUCUGUCCUCUGACAGUAAAAGUGGAUGUAGAGUAGACCGAUGGCACUAGAGUUGAACAAGACUUUGUGUGUUAGAGCUGCUACGACCAACAAAAAUAAGGAACGAGUUGCAUAGCUUUAAUAUGAAAUUCAGCAGCAAAUUGUAUCCAAUGAAGGUUAGAUACUAUUAUUAGUACUGACAUACUAUAAAUGAGACUUACCAUUUUCAAACAUUUGAAUCGUUUAAUCUUGUUCA